GCCAUUUCCCACCGCGCGCUGCGGUGGUCAGUACAAAUAUUUCACGGUUGAAAAGUCCCGGCUGCCCUGUUCAUUGUUCUUUAUUCUCGUAUCUGUCUUUGCAUCCAUUUCUCUCACGAACCCAUUGUUCUGUCCAUCGAGUGGUCCGGUACCGUUCCAUGGCAAAAUACGACAUAGAUCAUUUCUCGCCAUAAUAAAGAGGCGUUCAGUCUCCUGUUUCUGUUUUCAAACAUGCGGAUUGCUAAAGGCAUAGUCGCCGCUUUCUAUCUAUGUAGCGCGACCUCGGCUACCCUACGUCCUUCCUAUGAAACUCGCGAUUUCUUCGCUCUUCACCUCGAUGAAAUCACGUCUCCGUCCCAGGUUGCUCAGGCACUCGGUGCCCGUUACGAGGGCCAAAUAGGGGAACUUUCUGAUCAUCACAAAUUUUCUUUGCCCGAGAAUAAGCGAUCGGACCUGGAUGCACUGUUGGAGGACCUGCGGGCCAGGAAGAAACUCCGACGGCGUAGGGGAGAUGAUGCCACAUCGAUACUUGGCAAGAGGGACGAUGUGUUGGAUGGCAUACUCUGGUCGCAGAAGCUAACCGCGAAACAGCGAUUGUACAAGAGAGUUCUACCGCCACUGUCGACGACGCUGGAUUCUAGGAACUAUCCCCAAGAAACUCAGACUGCGAAUCCUGAAACUGUCCAAUAUCGACAACAAGUCGCUUCUUCUCUUGGCAUUGCAGAUCCAAUAUUUAACGAGCAGUGGCAUCUAGUCAACACCUUCCAGCCAGGGCAUGAUCUUAACGUGACGGGCGUCUGGCUAGAAGGGGUUACUGGAGAGGGCGUCAUCUCUGCUGUUGUCGAUGAUGGGUUGGAUAUGUACAGCGAUGACCUCAAGCCAAACUACGAUGCUGAGGGUUCAUACGAUUUCAACGAUAAGACGGAAGAACCUAGGCCCCAAUUGGAAGAUGACAAGCAUGGCACGAGAUGCUCAGGAGAGAUUGCCGCGGCCAAGAACGAUGUGUGUGGACUGGGAGUCGCAUAUGGCAGCAAAGUGUCGGGUGUACGAAUUUUAUCAAAACCCAUAAAUGACGCCGAUGAGGCGGCAGCUGUCAACUAUGCUUUCCAACACAAUGACAUCUACUCGUGCUCAUGGGGACCCAUGGACAACGGCGAAACCAUGGAGGCUCCUGGGAUUUUGGUCAAGCGCGCUCUUGUCAAUGGAGUGCAGAACGGCCGAAAUGGCAAAGGCUCGCUAUUCUUCUUCGCCGCCGGUAACGGAGGGACUUGGGAUGACAACUGCAAUUUUGACGGAUAUACCAACAGUAUAUACAGUAUCUCUGUUGGCGCAAUUGACCACCGAGGUGGCCGUCCUGCUUAUUCGGAAUCAUGCUCUGCACAAAUGGUCGUGACAUACAGCAGUGGCGCAGGCGAGGCUAUUCAUACUACCGACGUCGGCCAUUCCAAGUGCUCUUCUAUUCAUGGUGGGACUUCAGCCGCCGGUCCCUUGGCUGCUGGCGUAAUGGCCCUCGCUCUUAGCGUUCGACCAGAAUUGACUUGGCGUGAUGCUCAGUAUCUGUUCAUGGAGACAGCCAUCCCUGUUCACGAAGAUGAUGGAAGCUGGCAAAAUACCAAGAUCGGAAAGAAAUUCAGUCAUGAUUGGGGCUACGGCAAAAUAGAUGCAUAUGCCCUGGUUCAAAAGGCGAGGACCUGGGAUUUGGUAAAACCGCAGGCUUGGUACCACUCUCCGUGGUUACGAGUGGAACGUGAUAUCCCUGAGGGCAACGAAGGACUCGCUAGUUCAUUCGACGUGACAGAAGACAUGAUGAAGGGAGCAAAUCUUGCUAGGCUGGAACACGUUACCGUUACCAUGAAUGUUAACCACUCGCGUCGUGGUGAUCUGAGCGUCGAAUUACGCAGCCCUGAAGGAAUUGUCAGCUAUCUAAGUACGGCAAGGAGAAACGACAACGAAGCUGCGGGAUAUGUCGAUUGGACUUUCAUGUCCGUUGCUCAUUGGUAAGUUGGAACUCAAUUCCGCAGUCUUGGCUUAUACCUCUGACCUCACAAAUGCAGGGGCGAGUCGGGUAUUGGAACAUGGACAGUGGUUGUGAAAGAUAUCAAGGUCAACGAGUUUAACGGAACUUUCACUGACUGGCGGCUUAACCUCUGGGGUGAGGCCAUCGACGGAAUGAACCAACCGCUUCAUCCUAUGCCAGAAGAAGAAGAUGAUGACCACAGCUACGAAAAUGCGGCUGUUGUAACCACCAGUGUGGAACCGGGACCAACGAUGACUGAGCCACCUUCUAGUUCUCCCACUGAACAUGUCGACCGCCCUGUCAAUGAAAAGCCUUCGCCAACAGAAGCCCCAGUCACCGCCACACCCACAGCUUCUGAGACUGCGAGCGCAACGGCGACAGCUACUACGGCAUCAGACAGCUUUUUACCAUCAUUUUUCCCAACAUUUGGCGCUUCCAAGCGAACCCAAGCUUGGAUUUAUGCCUCCUUCGGAUUGAUGAUUUUCUUCUGUAUCGGACUAGGAGUCUACUUCUAUGUCCAGCGGCGGAAGCGCCUUCGGACUAUCCCUCGUGAUGACUACGAGUUUGAGAUGAUCCAGGAUGGAGACGAACAGCAAGCGUUCAACGGCCGUUCCAGGCGUACACAACGCCGAGGAGGCGAGCUGUACAAUGCCUUUGCAGAGGAAAGCGACGAGGAACUGGAAUUGCUCAAUGAUGAUGACGAGGAAUUAUAUAGAGAUCACUCCGCAAGCGAUUCCCGGCAGUUCAGGGAGGACAAUAAUGACCGCUUGGAGAAAUCUUGAUUGGUUGGGAAAGGCGCUAGAAGAAGCACUGUGUUUAUUUGGUUCAUCUAUUGCAUCUACACUGUGAUUUAUUAAUAUUAAUAGAGUAAUGAAAUAGCCCGCAGACGGUCUUUGUCAGAG